CCCCCCCCCACAACAAACUCAAACCCCACCUCAGAGAGAGUCCUCAGCCAAUAAAUCUCCCACACAUCAAUUGGAAAAUCCAAAGAUUCAACCUUACUCUUUCCUUCUUUCUUUCUUCCUCUCUUGAUUCUGAUUCUUCUCAUCUCUCUCUGAUUUCAAUUCCUCCUCCUCUCUCUCUCAUCCGUUUGCUCAGUCCGCUUUGUCGUUUUACGGUUUAUCUCUUCCGGACCAAAAUUAAUAUUAAAAAAAUGAGGUAACUGAAACCGAGACGAAACAAGGUCCGACCCGCGAAGCCAGAGACUAGGGAAGCGUUUUUUUUUUUUCAACCAAUUUGAUCUCACUCUCCUUCGGAUUUUCAGUUGAAGACAUGCACCUAAUGCAAGAAAUUUAUUUCAUAUCAUCUGAUCAGUAUUAGUAAAUGUUUACUAUUGCGUACUCUUUAGUUUGACCAGCAUAGAGUUGAGAUAUAUAGUUUAUGCUGCUAUCUGCAGAUUCCAGAUGUGUUGUUGGAGUGAUUAAUCUGAACCACCUGCGGAUACAAUAUAGUGUCUUCUGCACUUUAUCAGGUUAUUAGGGGGAAGUUGCUGUCCCUAAUGCAAGGUCAAGGGAGUGGAGUUGAUACUUUUUCAGAAAUCACUGAUGUUGGUCUUGGACCUGUUUCCAACAGCACUGGUGAACCUAGUUCUAGAUUGAAUUUGCAAAACACAGUCAAUGAUGGUGGGACCAGAAUGGAACAUGGUUGGUCUGCUCCAUAUAGUGCUUGUCCUGUGAUUGCUCAAAGAUCAGAAGAUAGACGAAUUGAGCCAAAUAUCCUUUUUCCUGGGAGAUCUCUUAUUGGCCUUGGUGGCAAUCAGAUACCAGGUGGGCCUUCUUUUUCAGAAGGUUCUAGCUCUAGUUAUAUCCCUCAGCAUGUAAAUUUAAAUGCAGGAUAUGUUGAAAAUAGUGGUAACUAUGGGCAUGGUAUGGAAGCUGAUGCAGACCCUAAAUUCUACAAGUCAAGUGGAUUAGAAGCAGAACAGACGUCUCCAGGCAGUGCUUCACAUGAUAUUGUUGGGACUUCAUCUGGAAGCUCUGAUUAUAUGGUUGGGGAAGACGAUGGUAAUCCAGGCUCUUCUUUUGGCAAUUGGGGUUUAUCCUGCAAGCGAAAGGCUCUUGAGGGUACGUCAGGGCAGUCUUAUCCCGGUGGAAGUUCUAGCUCAUUUCCUCAACCUGAAAAUCGAGCAUGGAAUGCUGGUCCUGCAUGUUAUAAUCCAUCUAGUAGUUUAAGUUUAUCUACGCCCCGUAAUUCUCCUAGUGGCAUUCCUUCAGAGCAGCAGAACUCAAGAACCAGGAUUGGUUUGAGAGUUGGAGCAUCUGAUACCUUUCCUUCAUUAGGUGUUACAGGAAAUGCAGAGAGCCCACUGAGACAAUAUGUUAGGGGUUUCUGUAGUACUGGGUCUCAGCAAGAAUCUGCACCAUCAAACUUAUCAUCAGCUGGAAGAUCAACAACAGUAGCUGCAACAAAUUCGGGUGGUCCUCAAAGCCAGUCUCCUGCUAUGCAUAUCAACAGUUCGUCUGGAAACAUGCUUCCUUUCCCUUGGAAUGGUGCUUCCAGUUCACGUGUGGGCAGCUUAUCAGGCUCUGUUAUGUCCGGAUAUAGAGGUGCUGAGUUAAGAGAAGAAGCAAGCUCACGAAGCAUUUCUAGAAACAAUGUGGAGCACCCCAUGUUUGUAGCUACUGAUAUGAGAAAUUCAGCACAGGAUCCAACAGGUUGGAGUUUAGCCCCGGGAAACUUAAGCACUUCUGUAGGUGGUCCUUCCUCUGCUAGAAUUGGCUCCAGUUCCGGCGUUCAUUCUUUGCCUAAUCCCUCAUGGAUCCCUCUCAACAGCCCUCCAACGGAAAAUCAAAGGAUUACUGAAUUUGCACCUUGGUCUUUAUUUCCAUCUAUAGAUUCUCAACCCGGAGGUCAUAAUCAUUAUAAUCCAAUACCAUCAGGACCUUCUGCUUCCUCUCAGGAUUCUGGAACUUCUUCUGGAUCAAAUAAUCAGGGUCGUCAACAACCACAUCCUAGGUCAGCAUUCUUGUUGGACAGACAAGGUGAUGAUGUUCUUAAUAUGCCCCAUUCACUACGGGCAUUAGCAGCUGACAUUGAUGGGAGGCGCCGACUUAUAUCUGAGAUUCGUCAAGUUUUGAAUGCUAUGCGCAGGGGUGAGAACUUACGAGUCGAGGAUUAUAUGCUCUUUGACCCAUUCAUAUAUCAUGGCAUGGCCGAGAUGCAUGAUAGGCACAGAGACAUGCGCCUUGAUGUUGAUAACAUGUCUUACGAGGAACUAUUAGCAUUGGAGGAACGUAUAGGAGAUGUUAGCACUGGAUUGAGUGAGGAGACCAUAUUGAAAUUGAUGAAACAGAGAAAAUGUCUGUCUGUUACAACAGAAUUCCCAGCAGAUAUGGAACCCUGCUGUAUCUGUCAGGAGCAAUAUGCUGAUGGGGAUGAUAUUGGCAGACUGGAUUGUGGGCAUGACUUCCACACCAACUGCAUUAAACAGUGGCUAAUGCAGAAGAAUCUGUGCCCGAUUUGUAAAACGCCAGCCUUGCUGACAUGAAAGGGAAGACCAAUAUGUUCCAUCCUGCAAUUUGAUUUUCUUGCUGGUGAAUUGUUAAAUCCAAAAGCUGGUUGGAGAAUCUACUCCCUUUUGUCUGAAACCGGGUUAUUUGUGCAUGGAGUACUUGGUUUGAUGAAAAGAGGAAAAGAGAAACAGUCCAUAAAAAAAAUAAAAAUAAAAAAGAAGAAACUCUGCUACAUUGAUCAUAAAAGGAUUUGUUUCUCGGUUAGAAAAGAUACAUUUUAAUCCUUUGACAAUAAUGAAUAUAUUGGAAUAACAUUAUAUCUGACGGUAUGAACCAUUUGGCAUUUGCUACGUUUGUGGAAUAUGGACUGUUUUGCUUAUUGCUGUACUAUGCAAGGAUUUUAAUGUAAUUCAACUGCAUUAGUGUUCUAUUC